AUGACUGGCCCCAUAUUACCAAUCUUAUCAAUGAAUGAAUACAAACUGGCCAUACAAUCUUUUAACGCGGAGUCCUCAUAUGCUGAAAUAGAGCGACUACAAAAUUCAAACAAACAUCUUCGACGGUCGAACGCAGAACUGUUGGAUGUCAUCCAUGAAGACGAAUCAUAUGGGACCUAUGUUGAUGAGAAUGAAAGUGUAAUAGAACUCAAUAAUCAAAGAAUUGCUGCCUUGGAAGAACAUAUACAGAAGCUUAAAACAACUAGGGGUGGGAGUCAUGUUGGUUCAGAACUGAACGAAAAAGAGAUCCAUGACUUCGAAAAUCGGAUUGAAGAACUGGAGCGAGCAAAUGACGAGAUUCUCGAUAAUGCCUACGAGGACGAGUCGGUAGGCGAGGCUGUCGAAGCUAACAAGAAAGAGAUAGUCGAGUACAGGUCGAAAAUACUAGCUCUCAAGGAAGAAAAUCAUCCCCAUACGGAACCCGCUGGGAUCCACAUAUAG